AUGUCUUCAUACUACGGAUUCAACGCGCAUACUGCGCAUGCUGCCCCCGUCUCCCACCACCACACCAACAGCCGCAAUCGCAGAACCCCUCGUCUCAACGUCUCGCAAUCGCAACGCCAGUUCCGCGGCGUGCGCAGCAUGCGAGAGCUCAACGAGACGGCCGCCCUGUCUGCGUUCCGCACCCGGUUCGAGGCCGGCCGAUCCUUUGACCUCGAGGACGACCUGGAGUUCUGCCCCAACCUGCUGACUGAAAGCGACUUGGUGUCCAUUUCUGCUUCUGAGCGCUCGUCGCUGGCCAGCAACUCUCCUGAGGCCUCUCCCACCCAGCAGCCUCAGACCGUCGCCCCCGCCUUUUCUCUCAACUCUUCGUCUCCUCCCUUUAUUCCUCCUCCCGGCGUCCAGCCUUUGACUGUCGCCUUCCGGAUGGCUGCUCGUCCCCGCAAUGCCAUCCCCAUUGUCAACCCUGCCACUGGCACCUCCGUGCCCAGCCCGCCCCCUUCACUGUCGCCUGCCCGACUGCAGCAAUCCGUUCGCCGAUGGUAG